UGUCCCCACAGCUCCUGUUCAACUAUUGAGCUCUCUUCUUGUUGGUUAAUGGUAGAAAAAAAAUAGACUCGGUUUGAAACAAUGGUGGCAGCCGUUGCUGUUGCUUCUCCAAAAUCAAAACUUUUUCACAACCCAGUUCCUCAUAGAGACCCCAGUUCAAGUUUUUUUGGUGGGUCCUUGAACGGUCUGUCUUUGCAGCUGAAACCCAGAAGCAAAACAAGAAAUUUCACCACUUUGGUGGUUGCUUCAGUUGGUGACUUAACAAAAAGUAGUAACAGUGAAAGUGGCAGGUUUUAUCUCAACUUUACUGGUUUCCCAUUUCCUCUCGGCCCUUUUCUCAAUAGGCGCACUAUCAGGACUGAGGCUGUGAAAGGCUGCAUAUGGCUAUUCGAGCAAGAGCAAGCACUAGGAUUCAGCAGUGUUUCUACAAACAUCCGGAUGACAGUCAUCAAGCUUAAAUCUGGAGGAUUAUGGGUGCAUGCGCCCAUUGCUCCAACUAAGGAGUGCAUUCAGCUUGUGAAGGAGUUGGGAGCUCCAGUGGAGUACAUUGUCCUGCCAACAUUUGCAUAUGAGCAUAAAAUUUUUGUCGGUCCAUUUUCAAGAAAAUUCCCCCGUGCUCAGAUAUGGGUGGCACCAAGGCAAUGGAGUUGGCCCUUGAAUUUGCCUCUGGAAUUUUUUGGGAUUUUUCGUGCUAAAACCUUGAAACAUGAGGAUUUGUCAACUCCAUGGGCUGAUGAGAUUGAGCAAAAGGUCUUAAGCUCACCGGAAGUUGGAAUUGGACCAUAUGUGGAGGUUGCUUUUUAUCAUAAACGUUCAAGAACACUACUGGUUACAGAUGCUGUAAUUUUUGUUCCACGAAAGCCACCGGAGUGUAUCAGCAAAGAGUCCUUGUUAGCCUCAGCAAAGAAUGGUUUGGCAGUAAAACUUCUUAGUAAAGGCAAGGAAGUCCCCCAGGAACCCAUAGUUGACAACCAGAAGAACCGUCAGAAAGGGUGGGAAAGAAUGGUUCUCCAAAUCUUGUUCCUUGGUCCUUCCAAUCUGUUGGAACCUAAUGCUAGCUUUGCUCAGAUGUCACAGAAAUUGAUAGUUUCACCAAUUGUAAAGACACUAGUAUUCAGCAAAGUUCCCGAGAAGGUCCGGGACUGGAUUGAUGGUAUAGCACGGGACUGGAGAUUCAGGAGAGUAAUCCCUGCCCAUUUUGCAGCUCCGAUAAACGCAAGCAGGUCUGAUUUCUUAGCUGCAUUUGCAUUUCUUGAUGACCUUCUAGGCGAGCGUUAUGUUACUCAACCUUCGCUCUCUUUCCUCUUCGCAUCUCUCAUGGGAAAAACUGCUAGUUAUUUCCCUCCUGAUGACAUGAAAACCUUGUCAUCCCUUGAUCAGUUUUUAGUCUCUGUGGGUGCUGUGAAGAAGACUGUCUCAGGCCAGAAACGAUGACGCUCAAAUCUUCAUCUGCAAACCACCUUAUAAUUUUACAAACACCUCUAUACUUUAAGAUUAUAGUGGAUGCAGGAAGCCUCUUUGCAACAUUGUUCUGUAUGUUUUACGUUUGAAAUUGUAAUGCUACUAGUUUUCAUGCUUCAAAAUCUCAAUCAAAUGAAAGUGAACAUAGAUAAUUUGGAAUUAGAAAGUACAUUUAAUUUUUUUUCAAGCAUUUUGUGUCACAAACUAUAUUACUAGCCAAUGAACUCGGGA